UUUUAUAAUUUUUGCUAUUCUCAUAAUAUAAAAGACCAAAGUGAAUAUUUAGGUGACACAGUUCAAAUCCAAUUUUGGUAUUUAGAGCAUAUCACAAUAAACUAUUCUAAAAUGGCUUUCAAAUUCAUCACUUUAUUCGCUGCUUGUCUCGCUGUUGCUAGCGCCGGUCUUAUUCCCGCUGCUGCUCCUUUGGCCGCCGUUGCCCAAGUUGAAGAAUACGAUCCCCAUCCCCAAUAUUCUUACGGUUAUGAUGUUAAGGAUGCUAUUUCCGGUGACUCCAAGACCGCUGUUGAAACUCGUGAUGGUGGUUUCGUUCAAGGUCAGUACUCUUUAAAUGACGCUGAUGGUUACAGACGUAUUGUUGACUACACUUCCGACCCCAUUAACGGUUUCAAUGCUGUUGUCCGUCGUGAACCUUUGGUAGCUGCUGUCGCUGCUCCCGUCGUCAAAGCUGCCCCUGUUGUAGCCGCCCCUGCUGCCGUUCCUUUAACCUAUGCCGCUGCUCCUGUCGUUAAAGCCGCUGCUCCUUUGGUUGCUGGUCCAGCUGUAGUUAAGACUACUUUCGCAUCUCCCCUUAUCUCUUAUGCUUACUAGAUAAUUUUUGGAUCGAUUGUGACUGAUAGUUGUUAAGGAUGAAUAAAUAUGUGAUGUUUUAUUUUAUUACAAA